GUGGCACCCCAGUUUCCUGCCGCCGGUUUCUCUCUCUUUUGCCUGUCUGCCUGACUCAGAAGUGAGGACUCACGGGGCAGCAGCUUCAGCAGUACUAGGGGCUCCAAGGCACCUCAUCUUAUCCUCUGCCCCGUGGUCUCUGGAGGGGUGCGACAAAGAUGUCCUGGAGACCAGUCAUCCUCCUGUCAUUGCUCAUGGCCAUGGUGCUCCUGUGUAUGCUACAAGAGGGGACCAGCGCUUCUGUGGGGAGUAGACCGGCAGCCGGAGAAGAGGCACCAGAAGGUGUGAAAGAGAAGAAGAUUUUCAUGCAAGAAUCUGAUGCCUCAAAUUUCCUCAAGAGGCGUGGCAAGAGGUCUCCCAAAUCCCAAGACGAAGUCAAUGCGGAAAACAGACAGAAGCUGCGGGAUGAUGAGCUGCGGAGAGAGUAUUAUGAGGAACAAAGGAAUGAGUUUGAGAACUUCGUGGAGGAACAAAGAGAUGAGCAAGAAGAGAGGACCAGGGAGGCGGUGGAGCAGUGGCGACAGUGGCAUUAUGAUGGCCUGUACCCUCCCUACCUCUACAACCGCCAUCCCAUCUGACCUCCCAUCGGACCUGGACCUGAAGCAACUGGGGGAAGGGGGCAUGAGACACGCCCACCCCCCCACCUCUCCCCCCGACCCGCCUCCCGCCCACUGCCUCUCUCCUACAGACAGGCCCACAGGGUGACCCUGGGGCUGCUCAGGCCAGCAGCUCCUGGGAACACACGUCCUUUAUUCCGAUAUCUCACAAUGCCCGGCUUUUGCGUCUUUGUGGAUGAUUGUUUUUUUUUUUUGAGGUGAGCAACCACCUGUAUUUUUUUCCC